UUUUUUUUAACCAAUGGUUUUGAGUAGGUUUUAGUUACUAUGGUUAUUUCAGAUUGCAUUCUAUUUGUGAUGUCACAAAAUGGAACCCCGAUCAUCAGAAUCAACACACAGAAGCCUCAGAACCUCAGAUCCCACAGAGAGAUAUAAAUUCACUCACACUCAACAUUUCAGCAGAGUUAAACACAAGUUCUAGAUAUUCACAGUAACGUAUUUUCUCAAAUAUUUACAAAACAACAUGGACUCUAAGACGUUAAAGAUUCUUCAUUCUCUGGACUCUGAGAGCAAUCCAGAGAGCAGUGACAGCACCACCGAACCCAACAACGGCAUGGGGGAGGACUGUAAGAUGACAAGGAGCAAAAGGAAGACCAGCAUUAAUCAAGAGUCACCCAGGAAAAGGCAGAAGGGUGCCAGCGAACCCACUGUGAUGGCAGUGGAGGCUGUGAUGGCCAAAGGGACCAACAGGAAGGCCAGAACAGAAAGAGAUGUCCCCAAAAAGAGGCAGAAGAGUCACAACAACAUCACUGGUGCCAGUGAACCCACUGAGGUGGCAGUGCAGGCUGUGGCGACCAAGGGGACCAAGAGAAAGUCCAGCACCAAAAGAGAGUCCCCCAAGAAGAAGCAGAGGGGUCACAGUGAACCCACUGAGAUGCAAGUAGAGGAUGUGACCGCGAAUGGCACCAAGAGAAAGGCCAACACCGAAGCAGAGACCCCCAGUAAGAAGCAGAGGGGUGGAAGCAAUGACACUGACACCAACACUGUUGAACCCACCAAGAUGUCAGUGGAGGACGUCAGGGAGAGGAAGAGUAAGAAGGAGGCCAGUGCUGAGCAGCUGCCAGCAACAGAGACUCCCAGGAUGACAAAGAGGGAAAGCGGCUGUGACCUCUCCCUGAGCUUCAGUGGCCCUUCAACCUCCAAACAGAACAACGGGAGCAUGUCCUACUCAGUCAAAACCAGCCGAGCUAACUUUGAGGCCAAGUAUCUGCAGCUUGACAAGCUCGGAGAAGGAGGCUUCGGAUCAGUUUAUGCUGGCAACAGAAAAACUGAUAAUUUACCAGUGGCGAUCAAACACAUCCCUAAAGCAGAUGUGGAGAGUCGACCAAUGGUCUUACAUGGGAAAACAUACAUGGUCCCCAUGGAGGUGCUCCUCAUGUUGAGAGUGACAGGUGGACCAGAGUCGAUGGGGAAAUCUGCAGCCGUGUCAUUAUUAGACUGGUAUGAACUGGACCAGGAGGUUCUCCUGGUCAUGGAGAGACCAGUUCCCUCUGUGGACCUGUUGAACUACCUCUAUAACAACGAUGGUCCCCUUGAGGAAGACCAGGCUAAGAACAUCAUGAAGCAGCUGGUGAAAGCAGCCAUUAAAAUGCAUUCUGAGGGAGUCUUCCAUUCUGAUAUUAAAACAGAGAAUGUCCUUGUUGAAACCUGCACCGAUGUCCUUCGAGUGCGGGUCAUAGAUUUUGGAUGUGGCUGCUUCGUGAAGAAGAGACCCUACCGCUCCUUCUCUGGAACCUCUGCGUACGCCCCUCCAGAGUUUUACAUACUGGGGGCAUACGAGGCCGGCCCCACCACAGUCUGGCAGCUGGGCGCGCUGCUCUAUGAAUUGCUGGAUGGAUACAAACAGUUUACCACCUCCAAGUUCCUCCGCAAGAAAAUUCAAUUCAUUAGUGAGCUAAAGGUGCUAAAAGUGUCCCAAGACUGCCAAGAUUUAUUGAAGAUGUGUUUGACUGUAAACCCAAAGGAGCGCGCCACACUUGAGCAGAUGCAGCUGCACCCCUGGUUCACAUAAUGCUGCACAACCCACCUACCAAACACAUCCCACCACCCCUUGGGCUGGGCCAGGAACUGAUAUAGACCUGGCAAUGUAUGUGAUAUAUAAAUAAAUUUGACCUUAUCUGACAUGAAA